GACCCCUUCAAAAAGUGAGAAAGCCGAAGGUAAAAUUUGAGCUGAGUAGGACAAAAAAGCUAUGUCUUGUUUCUGUUGCUAUAGUAAAAACGUGGAUCCUGGGGCUAAUCAGCAAUACUACAGCCCCAACUGUCAUAAACGGCAACUUGUGAGUUCAGCAAGCUACUGUAUGCAAGACGAGAACCAUCACUGUUGCUCGACAACUAACUACGACAGUCCAAGUCAUCGUCACAUACCGAACAUUGCCUCUCCCCUCCACAUUGCACACCCCUCCCCACACUCACACCACCCACACUGCACCACCCAACAGGUGGAUCUCUACCACACCCCUCAGCAGCACCACAACCAUCGCCGAAUGUUCCCACACACACACGCCUGUCACGGCCAAAGAGAGCUUAUUCCACCCCACUGCACAAGGCCCCUCCCACAAUCCCCACCUACUAAUCAUUCAUUGAAUUCGUCGCUCACUUGUCCAAACACGCAACUCCAUUUUUCUCCGAUCAGUUCAACCGAUUCCCCUCCUCCUACCAUAUCAUCGAGAUUCAGGCUUGCUUAUACUGAGGAGGAGCUUACAAUGAUAGCUUUGAAUAAAGAAGCUACUAACCAAGAGAAUUCUCCUAAGAAGCGUUUAAGGCACUUGGUGUCUGUUGAUAUAAGUCCAGUGAAGCAGGGUAGUCCAAGGAAAAGUACACUUCGAUCGUACAAAUCGACAAACUCGAAUCAGAGUAUUGAGAUCAAUGAUGAAGAUAGUGAUGUAUAUGAAGAUGCUUCUAAAUCAGAGCCUGCAAUUAUCAUCCAGGACAAUGAGCAAGACGACAACAAGCCUCCUGUGUCUACUGCCAUUGUACAAACACCUGAAGUAGUCGAAAGUGAUCCUCUAGCACCGACUAAAGACAAGAAGAAGCCGUUGCCAGAAGGAGGAGUGACUGGGCUCACCAGCAAAGAAGAGCACAAACCUGUGAUACUCGUGGAGUGGUGGUUUGAUCUCCUGCCUCUUGAUAGUGUGAUCCUACUAGGAUACAGAGAGGAGGACAGGGCAAUGAGUGAAGAGCCUGAGCUAUGGCAGACUGGCCCUAUUGUGGACCGUAUCUCCUCCAGAGACCUCCGUACGGAGGAGGGCACCACCUAUCACCUGAAAGGGUGCCUUAACAAACAGCCCCUAUGCGAGUACGGGCAGUCUUUGAGCAAAGCUACCAUCAGAAAGUUUAGAUACGGGUUCCCAGAGGCAUGGAAAUCUCUCCUUGCUCAAACGACUGUGCCUACUCUUGUGUCUACUGCCAUUGUACAAACACCUGAAGUAGUCGAAAGUGAUCCUCUCGCACCGACUAAAGACAAGAAGAAGCCGUUGCCAGAAGGAGGAGUGACUGGGCUCACCAGCAAAGAAGAGCACAAACCUGUGGUACUCGUGGAGUGGUGGUUUGAUCUCCUGCCUCUUGAUAGUGUGAUCCUACUAGGAUACAGAGAGGAGGACAGGGCAAUGAGUGAAGAGCCUGAGCUAUGGCAGACUGGCCCUAUUGUGGACCGUAUCUCCUCCAGAGACCUCCGUACAGAACAGGGCACCACCUAUCACCUGAAAGGGUGCCUUAACAAACAGCCCCUAUGCAAGUACGGGCAGUCUUUGAGCAAAGCUACCAUCAGAAGAAAGUUUAGAUACGGGUUCCCAGAGGCAUGGAAAUCUCUCCUUGCUCAAACAACUGUGCCUACUCCUGUGUCUACUCCUGUUGUUGAGGUGAUAAAGGAGGAGAAAAAGAUCAAGAAAGAAGAGUUACCAUUUCACACUCCCCCACUGCAGCCCAUCCCCAAAAGUGAAUUCCUGUCAUCUUUGAAGCGCUCAUCUCGUGGCCGCACUCUUAAGCCCUCGAUGAGCAGCCUCUCCCCGUACCUCCAGACCAGCACGGACAUUUACUCCUACGAUGUCUACGGCAAUUUCCAAGGUUUUGUGUCCCCCACCAUCGAUUUGACUAUCUCAGACGUUGACGACCUCACACCCAUAAAACGCAAACCGAAAGUUAAGAAGGAGGUUGUAAAGAAAGAAGACGAAGAGUUUGUGAUACCCAUUAAGGUUUCUGCUCCGAACGGCAAAGAGCGUUCAAAAAGUGGUGCUAAAGUCGGUGUAUCUGCUCCUGAUGAUGUUGAAUUCAGUGCUGGUGUCGUAGAAGAGACGGCUAAAGGAGAAUCAGCUCAAGAAAGUAGUGAGGGUAGUACGAGUACUUUAACCAAAUCAAACAGAAAAACAUCUAGACCACAGCAAAAAAGACAAGAAUCAAAGAAGAUGCCUUCUGCUAAAACUGUCUCCGUCGAAAACAACGGCAAAGCUGAAGGUGAAUUGACUAAGGAUAACCAACCAUUGCAAGACACAGAAAAUGAGGCAGUGAAUAGAUAUCGUAGAACGCCGAAGAAGAUAAAGCGAAGAGGUCAUUUCCUAUCAUCUGAAGAGAGUGACUUGGAACUGCCAACCAAAAAACAGCCAAAAUCCUCAGUAACACAGCUUGAACCAACGGUAUACUCUGUGAGAAGCCCAACCAGACCAACCAAGAUAAAGACACCAGGCAGUGCAAAGGGGAAGAGACGAUCUCGAGUGGGGAUGCCCAAAAAAGUCAAGCCUCAAGUGAACUCAAAGAGUGGGUGCCGACAGCCAAAGAAAGCCAAGCCCCUGGUGGACUCUACGGGUGAGAUGGAGAGUGAGGAGGAGGCUGAGGACGGCUGGACUCCCAGUCAGGUAACACUGCUCAAGAGUAUAGUGCAUGGGGUGCCUGCCAUUGAGUCUGACUUCUGGGAGAAGGUUGCCAGUCGUUUGCCAGGCUACACUGCCCGAGAGUGCAGCAGUAAAUACAUGGAAGCAUGCACUGGACCCUCGACAAAGAGACAGCCCAAACAGAAACAGGCUGGCCAGCCAGACAAAACAGAGAAGAUUGCUAUAACUGGGAAAGUUGGGACUCUGAAGAGAAAGAGGCAAUUGAGAGCUGCUUUGGAGCACAUGGACAAAGGAUAUGUGGAUGAUAUUUUUGAGUCUACACCUUUCAAGAAGAAAGUAAAGACAAGAGUGAAGAUUCCAGACUGGAGUAGUGAGUCUGAGUGUGAUGAUGAGGAGGUGAGCAGUGGUGAUGAGGAGGGGGAGGUGCUGGACACGCCCAACCCAGCAAGGAGGAGGAUGGGGGCACCGAGGGUACAUACACCCAAGCUCUGUGAUUUUAUUGCAACCCCUGACCUCAAGAGAAGGUUGAACAGGAAAGCUGCUGAUAAUGUGAUAUAUCAGAUUCAGAAAGCCAAGAAACCCAAACCAAAGCGUUCGAAACCACUGAGUGUCCCUGCUUCCAGCAAAGCUCCUGCAACUGCUAAAGUCCACUUCUCUGAGCAGAAGUUACGUAGCAUUCGUACCGGAGAGACGAGAAUGUUGCAGAUGUUUGAGGACACGGACGAAGAGGACAGUGAUGACUACCCAUUCUCUGACAUUGACAAUGCCUACAAUAAGGACACUCUUAGUGAAGUAUAUUGACUACUAACUCUUCAUGAUAACUGUCGUUUUGCUGAAUGUUUAUGCAUAUAGAAUGUUUGUACCAAGUUUCGAGCAUUUCAUGAUAAGAAACUGAUUACUGUAUUAUUUGAA